UCUGCCUCCCCCUAGAGUGCAGUACCCGGCUCUGUGAGUGAACAACGAAGUACUGCAACUUUUUAUAGGGGUGUGUGUACAUUUGUGUGCGUUUGUGGGUGUCUGUGUAUGCAUAUACAUGUGUCUGUGUAUGUGUAUGUACCUGUACAUGUGUCUACAUAUAUGUACAUGUAUGUGUGUUUGUUUACAUGUGUCUGUGUGUGUAUGUGUCUGUAUGUACAUGUGUCUGUGUGUAUAUACAUGUGUCUGUGCGUGUGUAUUUCUGUGUAUGUACGUGUAUCUGUGUGUAUG